CCUUUGAUCAAAGAACAUGAAACAUUCACGCUCUACUUGUCAAUGCACUCUAUUAUAACAACUUAUAAUAUUCAAAAAGUUACUUUAUUCCUAAAACAUGCUACUAGACAACUGAACUUGGAAGUUACUGCAAGAUGGACCCAUGGCAACCACAGAUAGAAUGCCCUGAAUCAGAGGAAGGAACAAAAUCAGUGUCUGAAAACAAAUUUGAUGACAGUUUUGUGGAGUUUAAAGUACUGGAUAAUGCUGGAGAGGAAGCAGCAGAUCCUCACAAGAAGCUUGCAGAUACAGAUGCAUAUCUUAAUAAGCUAUACGGGAGGCUCGGUCGUCUGCAGCAGGCCCCGUCGUCACGGCAGCUGGUAUCUGCGCUCCGGAGCGGUCGCGAGGAUCAGCUGGCGCGGCUGCUGAGCUCCGAUCCGGCGGAGAGAAGCGCCGAGGAGCCCGUGCCGUCCGAGCCGGUGAGCGCCGGCUACCUGCAGCGUCGCCUGCUGCCGCACACCGUGCCACUCAGCAGCGACGAACUGCUGCAGCUACUGAAAGAGGACCAGCUGCAGCGUCAGGCCGCCGAUCAGUAGCGGCGCGAUGGCACCCACCCUGCAGCGGCGCACCCUGCUGCUGGUGACCGGCGCCAGCCGCGGCCUCGGCCGCGAGCUGGCCGUCAAACUGACCGCCCGGCUCGCCUCCGGCUCCGUGGUGGUGCUCACCGCCCGUAACGAGGCCGAUCUGAUGCGAACCGCAGAGAUGAUCGCGCUCACGGCGCCGCCCGACGUGCGGGUCGUGCCGCUGGCCUGCGACCUGGCCGUGGCCGACGACCAUGACCUGGAGCGCAUUGUCGGCGCCGGCCUGGAGAGUAACCCGUCGCUGGAGGCGGCCAUGAUCAUUCACAACUCGGGCAGCGUGGGAGACGUGUCUCGCACGGCGCUGCAACACGACAGCGUGGCCAGUGCCGACUCGUACUUCCGACUGAACGUGGCGGCGGUGGUGGCGCUCAACGGCGUGUUCCUGCGACAGGUGGGUCAGCGCGCGGCGCACGUCACCGUCAUCAACAUCUCAUCUCUGUGCGCGCUGCAGCCGUUCAAGUCGAUGAGUCUGUACUGUGCCGGGAAGGCGGCUCGAGACAUGUUCUUCCGCGUGCUGGCGGCCGAACACCCGGAGCUGCGCGUGCUGAACUACGCGCCCGGUCCGCUGGUGACUGAUAUGGCGCGCACAGUGGCCGACACGACGGCUGACCCCGACAUCCAGAAGAUGUUCCGCGAGGGGGUCGACGGAGGGUUUCUCACGUGCGCCACAACUGUAGAGCGACUGAUCAAUGCGCUAGAGAGCGACAAAUUCGAAUCGGGAAGCCAUGUCGACUACUUCGACAAGGACGAAUGAGGCAACGAUCAGGUAGGGCUGGCCUGCAGUGGUUGGUAGUAGGGUUGUAUGGUAUGGCUUCGAGUCGGGAUAGAGUCUCGUAGGACGUGAAAUCUGGUCUAUCUCAAGCAGUUGAUAUUAGAGCCGCACAGUAUUGGUUGACGGGAUGGGACCAGCCUUGGGCAGUGCUAGUGGUUGUGGUUUUUAUAUACGUUGUGCCAUCUUUUUUCAUGCACCGGUGUUUGGGACCACUUUGUCGCCUGGUAUCAAACGUGCGAUCUCGGAACGGUCACGUUAUGUUUAAUGGUACUUAGCACGUGGCAUUAUCGCCAAGCAUUUAUUUCCAGAAAUGAGUUUCCCUUAAAUGAUACGAAACGUAGUUGAUUCUGUCUAUACCUUUUUGUUACAAUCAUGCGUGAAAGGUGUAGAGAGGCGCAUUUGCAAGUCAACGCGGUUUAGUUACUAUAUUUUAUAUAUUAUCUAUGAAUUGUAUCGCAGUAUCGUAUUGUAGCUUGGCAAAGACAAUAAAGUCAACAAUUGUU